UUAAAAAGGCUUAACGUGUGUUGAGAAUGGCAAUUGACGGUUGAUACGAGCUGGGUGCAAAUUGGGUGUGGAUACUAAACACACAAGUAACUGCCACUAAUGAGACUGUUUGCCGUUUCAUGCUUGACAUGUAUCUCGGUAUUGUUGUAGCUGUGUGCAGAAAGGUUGAGUGACAUGGUGGAGAUGAAGGGAAGGGGUUGGCUUGUGUUUUAAGUGGUUGUUUGACUUGCAAAGCAGGCCAAGGUUGCUGAAGUGGACCCUUCCCUAGAAAUAGAACGUUCGGGUUAUGGACAGCCUUGCUUUGUGCCGGGCUUUGAGCUUCCUCACCCACAAGCAUGAAUUAGUGAUAAGCAAUGUUUCAAGCCACAAGGAGGUGCCUGGAUCAGGUUGGUUGCUGUGUGUUUCUUAGUCUGUGUUAGGUCAUCUGGGGACAGGUGCAUGCAGAGGAAUCCCUCCAUGCCUCUUUGGCUCUCAGUUCAAUUGUGUGUGUGUGUGUGUGUUUGUUUUAUCUCAUCUCAGCUCAGCGUCUUUACCCCCACAAAGCCGCGACCCAGGGUCAGCUCCUGUAUGUGCAAGGGGAUAACAGGUACACAAGCUUGCUAGCCAGUGCUCUGUUGCGGCUCUUAAAGUAGAAGAGCUGGUUGAGUUGGGUCUGGAUGGGCUCACAGAGAUCAGUUUCCACCUUCAGAGGAUGUGAACCAGAGGCCAUGUGGCUUCUCUCUCUCCCUUUCUCUCUCUCUCUCUUUCUUUCUUUCUUUCUUUCUCUCUCACUUCAAAGUCAGCAACUUUUUUUUGUCUUUGUCCUCUGCUUCCACUCUGUCGUCCUCUGCAUAUUCAGAUGAGGCUUUCGCUAAUACAAUUUGCUCAUGUCAUGUCAGACAGCCUGUUUUUUGUUGUUUUUUUUUUCCCAUUAGAGCCUCCUUAAACUCCUUGACAGUGUGGUCAGAUGGAGGGCAGAUAUUUAAACUACAGUAUAAACUUUAGAGUUAAGUACCUAUUAAGUUGUACAAUUCAAAGCUUUACUAACAAAUAUUGGUAGGUCACACGCCAUCUUUCAUGACACAUGAUCAAGUAUCAAAGGGUUAACCACGCUUUUGCUUUUUCCAAUACAAAGACCAACAAGGGGCGCAUUAAUUGCUUGUAGUCAAAGCUAAGAUGGAGUUUUAUUUUUUUGUUUCACUGCUUAACUUGGUAAUACACUUAACAUGACAGUUACACUAUGAGAGUUAAAAAUCUUUAAAUCCUUUGAUGCACAACUCACCUUUUAUGCCAUCGUCAUUUCAGUGUUUAGUUGUUUUUAAGUUUACUUUUUUUUCUUUUCGAGAGCGAAGAGAGUUAUUAUUAUUAAUCCCUGUUGGGCAAAAAUUAGUUGCCCAGAGGGAAUUGUAGUUGACCUCCUUUUUAUAUUUAAUUUUUUAUAUUAAUACUCUAUUGAGUGCAGCAUUAUUUAAAUUAAAUUAUCUAAAGUAGGAGACCAUGCUCUUUGCUGCUGCUUCCAAGUAGGACAUAAUUUCAGACACCAAAUUUACAUUUCAGUCUGAUUUCAUAGUGUGGAGAUCCAGAUAGGCGUAGUUGUUUUUUACAGAGCAAAGGCAGGUAGGGAACGUGAGAGGUGAAUGCAGGUGAACAGGUGUGAGGGAGGAGAAGGCAGCCAGGUUUGGCAGGUUUGGUGGGGGGGCUGCAGCGAGCCUGCAAACAUACCUCCAGCUAAUCUGCACCACUCUCAUUUGAAUGCUUGCUCAUAUAGAGAACAACAAAACCUACUACCCAUCCCCUGGUCUAACCCCCACCCCCCGGUGCGUCACCCUGGCAAAUGGAGGGGGUGGUGGUGGUGAAUGUACAAUACAUGUUUGUAUGUGUGUGUUUUGCGCAUUAUUGAUGUCUCUGUGAUGCUACCAGUAUCUGUGUGUGUGUGUGUGUGUGUGUGUGUGUGUGUGUGUGUGUGCGCGCGCGCUUGUGUAUGUAUUAAUACAGGAAUUGAGGAUGGUUUGUUCUCCCGAAGCCCCCCUCCCACUCCGCAGGCUUCAGUCGAUCAUUUUAAUCUCCCCCCCACACGUGAGCAAGGGGACAGCCUUUCCUGAAACUUGGCACACAGUGCGGGGUGGGGUAACCAGCUCAGACCGGAUUGACAACCUCCCUUUUAAUACUGUUCCCUCGCAGCUUGUUGCGUGUCCUCUUCCUUGUGGAGUGUUUUUUCCACAGGGUCCCAGCCCCUCUCUUACUACACCCCCUCCACCAUUUUUUUUUCUUCCCUGCUCCCUUCCCUGACUUCCAACUGACACACAUUGUGCUGCUCAGCCCAACUCCCAGCAUUUGAUCCCCAGUGCCCUCUGUCUAUCUCUCCUCCAUGACCUCUUGCACAAGUGCAUGCGCACACACACACACACACAUACAGUUGUGAGUAGAAAAAUAAUACAGUAUGUAACAACAGUGAGUAGCCUCCUCACAUUUUAGUAAAUAUUUUAUUAUAUCUUUUUAUAGGACAACACUAAAGAAAGAACACUUUGAUACAAUGUCAAGUAGUCAGUGUACAGCUUGGAUAACAGUGUAAAUUUACUGUCCCCUCAAAAUAACUUGACAUACAGCCAUUCAUGUCUAAAGACUGGCAAAAAAGUGAGUUACAAGCCUAAGUUAAACUGCACAAAUUGGGCCCCCACUGUCGUGACUCGUUAGUGUUUCAAGGUCUUAGGUGUGAAUGGUGAGCAGGUGUGUUAAAUUUGGCGUUAUCGCUUUCACACUCUGUACUGGAAGUUCAGUAACCUUGGGCAAAAAUAUCACAGUUUCACAGUUUAAUGGUGUUAUAAUUACAGCUCUAAAAUGUGUUAUUUUGAAAUAUCUUUAUUGAAAAGAAAAGACAAAAUACUCUGAACAGUCAUUUUCAAACAACAUAGAACAUGAUGGAAGUGGAACAUAUGUAUUCAAAAUGAUAAAAACUAAUUGAAUUCUUUCUUUAAAAUAAAUGUCGUUCUUCAGGCAGUAUACUGUGGUUAAUCCUGCAACUCAUGUCACAAGACCGUAAGUAUGUGCAGUCAUCUCUCAGUUGUAGCGGUUAAUUGGUUCUGGCCCUGACCGUGAUAAAUGAAUUUCCGCAAUAUAGGAUUCAAUGUUAAUAAAUAUUUUCAUAGUUAAGAGCAUAGAAAACCUGUUUAUGACUUUCUAAAUAUUUUUUUAUAUAUUAUUAGAGCACUGUAGACAUGAAGUAACACGCCUAUAGUCACCUUUACAAUCCUAUUAUUCAUUGUUUAUAGCACAUUACGCAACUCUUAUGCUGCAGGGACUCGGGACGGAUGCUAGCUAGCCAUCUAGCGAGCUAACCAGUUAGCCUCACAUUUUUUUUCCAAAUUUAAACCAAAACUUACCACUUCCACACGUACUGGGAGGAAAACUUUUUUUCACUCUAUCAUGUUGGGCAUGCUAUGGCUAUGACUUCAUGCAGUUUUUUGGGGGGAAUUUUGCCCAUCCUCCAUAAUCCUUAUGUGAGACAUGAACACACUUGUCUUUAUCUUUUCUGUGCGUUCAAGGGACAUAAAAAAAAAGAGAGAGCGAGAGAUAGACAACCCAUUACUGCACAUAAUGGGGCACACCUAUGCCGCCUAGAAAGACCGCUAUUAAAACACCUCCAAGGUUUUAUGGUUUUAUAUACAUGCUGUAACCAUGUAGGAACUGGUACAUUCAUGAUAACAUGUAAUACUUGCAGUACACACCUAGCAUUACCUCUUCCAAACUCAAAAACAAAAAGAAAGCAGCAGCAGCAGCUCCAAUAUGAAGCGUUACCUUUUUGGUAGUGGCCAUAGGCACUGUGAGCACGGCGCUGACACACUGUGGGCAAGUGUCUGGUGAAGCUAGUCGCUAACCAGCUCAUAGCUAGCUAGUGUGGUGUGGCAUGGUGUCAAUACGCCACGAAUGCAAUUUGAUUGCCGUAACAAUGUUAAUAAUAACAAUGUCGCUAUAGCUUGGUUGAUAUGCAUGUCACAUUAUAUGUAAAUGGGGCGUUGUUGGUGCUUUUUGGAGGAUUUUUUUUCCCAGAAGGCUUUAGAGGAGGAUGUGCAUUUCUAGCUGCGCCUUUUUAGCUGUUUUUAGAACACGCAGAAAAGAGUGAUGUGUACAUGUCUCACAUAAGGAUUGUGGAUGAUGGGCAAAGUUUUUUUUUUUUUUUUUUUUUUAAGUGCAGUUUUCCUUUAAGGUAAUGUACUGUCUCAAUUACUGCCGCCUAGUGACCAGAAUACUACAUAUGACUUGUAUUUGAAUAUGUAUUGAUUAAUAAUAGACCAUAGUCUACCAUGAAAUGGAGAUAAUGUAUGGAUUGAUUUCUGAAAAAAUGCGAUAUAGCAACGGAGCGAUGAUCAAACCACAAUAUUGAGAGACAUCUGUAAAUCUUUGUGAUAGAUAAUUUGAUACACAUCUACAUACACAGGUUACAAUACGCAUUUUGAAAACAAAACGGUUAAUUUCAAUUCUACGGUUAUGUUUGAUGAUGUAGACAUUAUUCUUACAUGAUCAAAUAAAAGAAGCCAAUUCUAUAAAAGUGGCAUUCUUGCAUUAUUUUCAUAUGUGUGAAAGAGCACAUCAUGUCCUCAAGCAUGCUGUAAGGCAGGGGUUCCUAACCAUGGGCUGUGGGGAAACUUUCAGGUGUAAUAAUUAAAAAUAAAAAAUAAAAACAUUUUAAAUAACUACAUUGAAUUUUAUGUAAAUGGAUAAAGUUUUUGGAAUUAUGGGCCAUUAUUUAAUAAUAUACAGUAAAAAUAUAUGUAUAUACAGUUAGAAAUCGGCCAGUUUUUGCAUGUUUGUUAUUUUUUGCGAGUGGCGACCUGUCCCACUUUGUUAGACGGUACUUCAACGCACCAUCUAACUUUAUCUGAAAGUUCUGAAAACAAAAUCCAAGCUCAUACUGGUGGAUGGAGGGACCGUAUUCAUUUAGUGCUUUUAAUUUGAUGUUCCUCUCUUAGUAUUACACAAUGCAUAGUAACUAUGCUAAAUGAGAUUGCUGACGUACGUAUGUUUCGGUCAUGUGUUGAAAAUCUUUCCCUGUGACUAGCUAGCCCGCUGCUACAAUUUAGAGCCAUUCUUGUCUUCAGACAUGGUACACUAUGGAGCAUGCGCGACAAUCAUUUUGCCAGCAGCCAGGCUCUCACGAUGUUGAAGACAAUUGGUUGCUAGUCUUGCGAUACCUGGUGCAUGUCUCUACAAUCAAUCUAAUGUCUAAUUCUUCUAUCCAGGAGGCUGCUACUGAUGCAGCAGUAUCUCUCACUUGUCAGUCCAGAUAUCCAGUCACAUGGGUUUAUCGUUCACAACCUUACUAGACUAUAAAAUAUUUUAUUAGUUUAAAAAGAAAUAAAGCAAAAUGCAAGUAAAUGCAAUCACCGGCUCAAAUAGAUCGCAAUAUAAAUGUUUUUUUUUUUUUUUUAACUUAGAAUGUUACGUUAUUGUUUCAUAGUGUGGCGAAUGUGUAGGUCACAACUUCUCCACAAGUGUUUUGGAGUUGUUGGAUUGUGUAUUUGCUGAGUUUUGAAACUGUGACUUUUUAUACUGUGGUAUACCUUACCUUGUAUACCUGCCUAUGUAUGAGUACUGCCAGCAUUGCUGCAGAGAUUCGUGGGUCAGCCUGUAAGUCUUCAGACCAUACACUGCACAGUGCAUCAAAUUGCUCUGCAUGUCUGUCAUCUCAAAAGACUGAGAGCAUGGAUUAUUAGAACCAUGUCCUGUGGUCUGAUGAGACCAAGAUAAACAUUUGGUACUCUCAAGUGUGUGUGGCAACAACCAGGUGAAAAUUACAAAGAAAAGUGUGUAGUUGUCUACAAGCAUGGUGUUCAGAGUAUCAUGGUGUGGGGCUGCAUGAGGAGUUGCUGGUAAUGGGGAUCCACAGUUCAUUGAGGGAAACAUGAAUGCCAGCAUGUAUUGUGACAUACUGAAGCAGAGCAUGAUGUUCUCCCUUUGUAAACGCAGCCACAGUAGUCCAACAUAAGGACCUCAAACCCACUUCCAAGAUGACCACUGCCUUGCUAAAGAAGCUGAGGGUAAAGGUGAUGGACCUUCACUGCGUGCACAAUUAUUAGCUAAAACAAUGUCUUCCUUGUGGAGUACAUUAUGACAGGCAGACAGACGGACGGCAGGACGGAUACACGGGCGGGGGCUGUGCUAGGCGGCUCGGCGGCAGGCUGGUGGAAGAUGUCGUCCGGAGCCGGCGGGAGGGGAGGAAGGCGGCUCAGGGGAACAGCGGGCUGUGGGGGCAGCGGAUGCCGAAGAGGAUCUGGCGAGGCCGAAGAAGGCCCGGUGGGGAUCCCUUUCCCUGAGCACAGCGCAGACAUCCUGGGCAGUCUCAACAAGCAGCGGCUCAGCGGCCUGCUGUGCGACGUCCUCCUGGUCACGCAGGACCGGGAGUUCCCAGCUCACCGCUCCGUCCUGGCAUCCUGCAGCUCCUACUUCCACAAGCUGUUCACCUCGGGGGCAGCCGCAGACCAACGCAACGUCUACAACAUCGACUUUGUGGUGGCAGAGGCUCUGGGAGCACUGCUGGACUUUGCCUACACGGCCACCCUGACUGUCAGUCACAGCAGCGUGGCUGACAUCCUCGCAGCCGCACGACUGCUGGAGAUUCCACCUGUUCAGGAUGUCUGUACACACCUGCUGGACACCAAAGUGCUCUCCCCGCCGGCGGGCAGUGAGCAAAGAGAGGCGGAUGAGGAGAGGGGCAGAGGAGGAGGAGAGCAGGGAAACCAGGUGCGGGCCCGAGAGUUCCUGGAGUACUUCCAGAGAGGGGCGCACUGGAGCAGCAGCUGCAGCACGCCAGAGCUCAGGGACCUGCCCACACACCUGCACUUUAACCAUGGCAAUGGGGGGACCCCCAGCAAUGGGACACCCGUUGGCCCUGGCGAAUACUGUUCCCCCUUCGCCUUGGCUUUGCCCCAAGCCCCCACACAUGAGCCAGAGGAGGAAGAAGAAGAGGAGGACGAUGACGAAGACGUAGAGGCAGUGCAGGGCAACGGUAUAAGCCUUGGGUCAUUCUACUACCCGCCGUCCCAGAAUGGGCAUUUCUACCUCCCCCCUGAGGCCCGGUUGGGGCACGACGCAACAGAGGCAGAGGAUGGGGCCAGACAACUAAUGGCAAGGGACAGAGGCUCAGCCAGUGCCCUUCUGCAGAGGAUGAUGGACUCCAUCGAGAGGCAAAAGGAGAGUGGGACGGCCGUGGAAGAGCCAGGCGAUGGUGAUGACCCGGAUAUGGAAUUUUACUACAAUUACUUUAACAGCACGCAGCGCGAGGACACCCCUUCUGCCGCUGUGACACCAGGAGUGGCGCCGCUGUGGUUAUCACGAGGCAUCUCUGGCCAUGACAGAGUUGGUGGAGGGGAGAGAGGAGAGAGGGCCAGUGGGGGAGGUGGAGGGGAGAGGAAAAUGCGCUCAAAGGCCUUUCAGAAGUGUCCCAUAUGCUCCAAGGUCAUUCAAGGAGCAGGAAAGCUACCCCGCCACAUCCGAACACAUACGGGAGAGAAACCCUAUGAGUGCGCCAUCUGCAAAGUGCGCUUUACCAGGCAGGACAAGCUCAAGGUCCACAUGCGGAAGCACACGGGAGAGAAGCCUUACCUUUGUACGCAAUGUGGGGCUGCCUUCGCUCACAACUACGACCUGAAGAACCACAUGCGUGUUCACACCGGCCUGCGCCCCUACCAAUGCUCCAGCUGCUGUAAGACUUUUGUGCGCUCCGAUCACCUGCACCGGCACCUCAAGAAGGAUGGUUGCAACGGCAUCCCGUCUCGCCGAGGCCGAAAGCCUCGAGUGCGAGAGUCAGGGCUCUUGGAGGCCCCAAUGGGCCUGCUGAGCCCUGACUCAGACACUGGCCUGGAGCCUCACAUCAUCAAGGGACAGCAUCUCUCUGAAGCUCUCAAGUCGGAGGUAGAUGGGGCCCAUGCACACAGCCCUCAGCUGCAGGAGUUUGCAGGGGGGGCCGGACCUUGAGACAAAGACUUAAGAAAUUGAUAGACACUGUUCUGUCACUAUUCUCCACCUGUCCACACAGAGGAGUAAAAAACACACAGAUACAAACUCUAAAAAAUAUAUAAAUAGACAAAAAAAUAAACCAAAUCAGGGUGUCUAAAAAUUUAAAUUUUAACAUUUCAUUCUCCUUUUGACAUGCAAGCACUUGAGUCGGUUUAAAGAGCAAAGAAUGCUUCAAAUCACGCACCCAAGACAUCCACUUCCUGGGCCAUUUCUUAUCAGUAAUAGGGGUUUUUAUACAUUGGCAUAGUGUAUAAAGGACACUAAGAAACUCUUGAGCAACUAUGCAGUUGAUUUUAGGUUUUUACUAUUGCUUUUGUCAUCACAGCCUUUGAGCUCUGAGCAAAAGUGUCUGUGCUCCUUUUGGCUGCCGUACGGGUGAAGUGAGGACAAAUCUUUCCCAGAGAAAACAGCUUUUUUUUUUCCUAAAUUCUUUUGCAGGUCUAGAGAUGUACAGUUACCAUAGAAACAACAUUGCCAUAAUAUGGCAUAUGCAAGGAAAACUCACGACACUUGUGAUGCAACAGCUCUCGCUCACUCACUCUCCAAAUGCUCCAGAAAGAGUCAAACGAGGGUUUGAUUGAAGUGUUACUUACUCUAUUAAAAAAAAUGCAUUUUAAGAAAUUAUAGUUGCAAAUGAUCAGCGAGUCAAAUCCGCACUAGUGGAGGCUCAAGGGUUGCAGGACAAAGAGAUGGUGUUUUUUAAAAGCUACCACUGCUCUCACAGCCCUGCAAUUUCAGUUCACCGUUUUGGAUUUUGUCUUAAUUUUUGUUCUGUUUUGUUCCUGUUUUUGAGUUGACUGGGUACUUGACACUUUAUAAUUGUAUACAUGUAUAUACAGCAUGUGGUGAUAUGACAUCCCUGUUAACGCUGAGGUGUACUUAACAUUCUGGCUUCUCCUAAUGGGCUUAAUGUUGUAUUUGCGGGCCUGUAUGAAUGUUUGUUGAGCGAUAACACAGAGUCACCUGUUUGUUGUUUUUUUUUUUUAAAAAAAAAAAAAAAAAAAAAAACAACACUUGACAGUUCCUGCCCAAUAGGAUGAGUGGGAAUGAAUGAAUGUGCUUCACUUUGUGCAGUGUGUCCUUGUGUGACAAGGCGCAGGUUUAGGGAACGACAGGGAGCCCAAAUGAGAGAAAUGAGCAUGAUGAAGAGAAAAGAUUAGCACCUUUUUUUUCUAUGUUUGCACAGCUUAACUAAAGACAUCCAACAAAAAGAGGGGGUGGUAUAUUGAAAGGAAGUGUUUUUUUUCUCUUUUAGUCAGAGGGACCACACAACCGUGAGCUAACCUGUGCGAUGAAGAGACCUGUUUGAGUCGGGAGGCCAAAUAGGAGCGCAUCUGCAGCUGAUUCAUGAUGGGGGAGGGGAACAGGGGAAGGGGAUCUCUCCAUGUUGCAUUCCAAAAAAAUAAUCUGCCCCAGCUCAGCCACGUUUCCAUGCAGGGCGAGUGGGAGGGGACGGGGGGAGAUCAGAGCAGGCCUCUCCCUCUCUGUGGGCUUCUAAAGCCCAUAAGGGAUAUGAUCAUAAUAGAGCCUGGUGUUACCGUGGGUAAGACUCUCGGGGGGCUGGCAGUUUUAUGUGCAUGCCUGUGUGUGUGUGUGGCAGCCACAGGGUCCCUCUGGCCACACCAUCAAUGUGUGAGUCAGCCCCGGCCUGUUCAAACAUGCACCUUGAGCUGCUAGCCUCAGUGCACUUCGCAGUCUCUCCCAACACGCUCAGCCCAAGACACCAGCACGCACAAUUUUUUUUCCAUCUACUUACAGAUCUCUUGUUCUUUUAAUUAGGGAUUGGGAAUUUUAGCAGAUUUUUGUUGUAUUGAGCUGGGAAAAUCAACAGCGCCUCUGUUGGUUACAACCAAGUAGUGCAUUCCAGUUUCCCUCAAUUGCUUCAAUCACCACUUCCACACAGAAUUCAGGUAACUCCCAUUAUUAUGCUACGCCCUACAUUGACUAUGCACAGUUUUCCAAACUAUCAAACCAUGGCUCGUGCCAGCCUGAUUGAAGCUCAUAUCUGCUGUACUUCUGUCCUUAAUUGCACCUUCACUGAGACAAGGCAGGUUCAGAAUGCACUUUGUUAAUCAACGCGAGAGCACUUUUGUCAACAAAACGGGUACUUUUGAGUAAAAAAAAAAAAAAAAAAGUUGUAAAUGAGAUCGUCCCUUCAGUAAAUUUAAGGCUCCUUUUUUUUUGUUCUUUUCAGGUUUGACUACAAAGCUGCCAAACACACAAAAAAAAUCUGGACUUGAGUGCUCUGAAAGAGAGGCUUGGUUUUGUGACCUUAUUAUAAAAGAUGACUUCAUAUAACUGAUUGCACUUGAAGUUAGCUGUUUGUGAGCUGUCCACAUGUCUUAAGGGUAGAGAGGGAGCAGAAAGUGUGUUCUGUGUUCUGAUGGACCAGGAGGGUCUCAGGACAAGCUAAACAAACAACGUUCCAUCUGUUCCCCCGACUCCCCUCUUAAGUUUGCGGUGAUAACAGGCCCAAUCGUUGUAAAACACCUCUUUGGACAGUCGCUUGUUUACUUCACAGCUCUCUGGGUGCACAUUUGCAUAAAUCUUGGUUUACCCUCACUGGUCGUUGUCGGCGGCUGUCUGGGCCUUGAGAGUGUGCGUUUUAUUUAUUUUGUUUUGUGCCCAUGUUGUCAUAUAAAGACGAGGUUGAUAAUUGCACAGUUCAGAGUAAUGGGAGCUGAUGUCUGUACUGUCUUGAGUAGUAUGGACCCUAAAUAACCUAGGAGCCAUCUAAACCUGUGUAUUUGGACCUUGGUGGUGGCUUUCGCACUAGCACCUUUUGGCUUAUUUGAAUUUAACUGUAGUCCAUUUUACUCCCUAAUCUCCCUAAACUUGAGCCAAGUCAACUAGUUGCUGUGCUUCCAAGCAAACUCAAUUGUCUUGGAACAAGCGAUCCAACCUUGAACCGAAAAACUGGCAGAUAAGGUUUGACACAAAACAAACGGUUGAGCCUCUGUGUGGUUACCAUGUUGUUUGAUGACAGCACAUUUUAAUUUUCUGAAGAUGUCCCCUGUAAAAAGCGCAUUAUUGCUGGACCAAUUGUAGCCUGCUAGAUUGUGUUAUGUUCAUUGUCUUGGAAAGAAACCAAAUUCAAAGGGUAAACAUUUUUACAAAGCCAUCAACUGAUUCGGACCAGAAAACCAUAAGUUAAAAAUGUAUUAAUUUGUCCCCUCAUUGGCCAGUCUAAUUAGUCCACCAUUGGCCUUGUCUGGGUUUUUUGCUGUUUGUUGUGCAGAAUAGAAUCACAGGUUUUAAGGAUGUAAAGUAUUUUCUGACCUUGCUUGAAGUUGUUACGCUACAACACAUCUGUGUGAGUGAUGAGUGCAUGCGGGAAAAGGGGGUAACGUUUCGGGGAGCUUACAGUGCCAGGAGUGUGACGAAAACGGGUGCCUGGGUGGGUAUCUGUGAUUAAAGCCUGAUAGCACUGGAAGUGGUGCUUUUAGCUGAACAUAGCGCAAACAUUUGCACUAAUUUAAAUGUUCUUGUCCUGCUUGUGGGGGGUUUCCGUGUGGACGCGGGUCAGCCGCCCGUCCCCCUGUAAAAGUAGUAAUCAAUCAACAUAAACUAAUACCAAAGGACACAAGACAUGUUAAAAUACCAGUCAAGAUGUGCUUUGUUUUGUGCAAGUUUCCAAAAUCUACCAUUGGAGCUGUAGGAAUGUAGCAAGGCCUCUCAUGACAAACAUUAGAAAUAUUUGGGUGGCUGUGAAGGUCACAGCAUGUACAAAGUUGUGAAACCAAGACAUGACAUGUAUUUAUGUUCAGUCCAACUGAUAAAUCAAUUGAUUAAUUCCAUCAGACUGUGAUUGUGUUAGUGCGAGCAGCUUAUUUUGCAAUGUGGAGCUCCGGCUCACUCCCACCAGGUGAGCCUUACUGUGCAUGAGCCCAGUUUGACCAAACCUCUGCUUUGUGCUAUUACCACACAACACCCUGUUUUGUUUUUUUCUGCCCGUGUUUUCAGACCAAACAACGAGCUGCCUAGCUCAUUAGCAAUGUUAAUCGUUAAGCUUUACUUGAAUUAUUUUUAUUCUUACCUUCUUUGCCGAUAAACUCAGAGUUGUGCAGCCAGUGCAUCCCCACUUUGAGUCCUUUUUUCCAAAUGGACAUUGACGUCUGUUCCUGUUGUCUUAUCAAAUGUUUCUGCUGAAUCUUAUCUGAGAAAGCCAUAAAACAAGAUGACCACCAACAAUGAUAAGGACUAAUAAUCCCCAAAAAAGACCAGACGAGUUGACUGUUAUGGGGAUUUGUGGCGGCAGACGCUAGGAAGGGGGCUGGUCCACGGGUGGCGACUCUUCUACUUGAUAAUUAUAGGAGUGUGUUUCCCAUCAGGCUGCGUAUGCAGCGAGACACUAAACCGAGGUGCUUGCGGCACUUGUCCUAAUGAAAGGUGGAUUGCCCCCAGGUCCUAAGGAAAGAUGGGCUACACUCGAAUCAUAAUUUAAGGAGGGGGUGCCCCCAGGUCCAAAUAAAAGAGGGAUGCCCUGAUUUUCUAAGGGAAAGUGGGUCGCCCCCAGUUUUUAAAGGGGAGGACACCCCGAAGACCUAGCAUAGUAUGGACUAUCUUCAGUUACGAAAGGUGUAAUCCACCCCAGUUAGUAAUGAAAGGUAGGCACCUUCUUGUUAGAAACGAAAGAUGGGAUGACCCCCUCCGCCAGGUUCUAAUGAUAGGAGUGAUAUUAAUAUGAGUGGGCAUCACCCAGGUCCUGAGGAAAGAUGGGCUUCAUGAGUUCUCAAGUAAAGAUGGGCCGCCCCCCAGGUCCUAGCAAAAGGUGGGCUGCCCCAAAUUGCACUUGUUUUUUUUUUUUCCUUCCAAAGGUUGCACGGGGAUACAAUACGGGUGUGAGGAGGGAGAAAGCUGUUUGAUGCUGUUUUCAGGGAUGGGGUAGUGCAUGUGUGGUUCCAUAAUGUUGCAAGUCUCCUUUUGCCUCAUUUGCAAGUACUUCUCAGGUGGAAAAUAACACUGCUAUGCAUUGGCUUGCUUGCUUUCUUUGUGAUCAUGCCUUCCUCUCAGUGUCUUUCCUUGCUAAUUUAUCAGACACGUCCCCACUUGGGUAAAGGAGGGAUGGGCUCUUUAAGUUUUAUAUUGAUUUGGUACAUUUUGGGAGGGAGAGUCUCCACUCAAAAGAGAAAGGGGAUUGGCAGAAGGGUCCAUGUGCAGCCACUUAAAGCAUUGGAGGACACAUUCCAUAUCUUCAUACUGUGAUUCCCCCGUUCAUACUCUGCAGACUACCUUUUACUUCUCAGCUUCUGCGAUUGUAAACAUUAGCACUUUGCGAAAAAGGCCAACCUCAGUUGUGUACAUUUGUGUGCUCUUUGUUUUUUUUGUCGCUUUGUUUUCUUGUCUCUUAAGUUCCCCUCAUGAGAAAAUAAACUUGAAUAGUCGUGGGAUUGUGGUGCAAAAAAAAGCUGCCUCACGUAUCUGCAAGAUGGACGCCAUAUUUUUCCCGGCAUAUGAUUGAUUGCAUAUUUGGGAGAAAAGUGAUCUCGUUUUGGGAAACUCCUUUUAGCUUGAAAAAGCAAACCUGUAUAGCAGUUUUAAAGCUGUGCUGAAUGUUAAACACCUGUGUAGUACAAGGCAUCAAGCACUUUCUGCAAAUCAGCACAGGUUGGGUUUUUUGAGGGGCUUUGACACCUGCAAGUUGAGUAAAUGGUUUAACCUGGGAGAAACUAUAUGUGAUUGUAGUCAGCAUCUUCAUAGCGGUUUCUGCUGGACCUAAUACUUGUAAUGUGUCACAAUAUUUCCCAACACACAAAUUGGAACGUUAAAUUGUAUACAAACACAGAGUCACGUCAGGCACCAAACGUAUGCUCCACUUAGCUUUGAUUAUGUGACCAAAUGUAAAAUUGUCCAUAUAAUAGAUUUGAAUUGAAUAAUGUCAGCUAACAAAAUGAAGCAACAGUUUCCUUGCCCAGUGUGACACUUGUGAGUUUAUUUUUUUUUAAAUAAGUCACCAAGUUUCUGUUAGCUCCACAAGCAGGUGAAUCUUUUUUUGAGAAUUUGCACUUUUUGGUGAUAAAGAUAGAGAAAAACUAUAAAUAUAUGAUGUAUAUGAGACCACUACAUUCACAUACAUACACACACAGUCAAAAUUAUGUAAUUCCAUGUUGUUUUUUUUCUUUUGUUUUUUUUUUAUAUAUCCAAAAAUGUCUGGCAUCUGGUUGUCUGGUUUAAAGAAUAUAAAAAUCUUUCUAUUAAAAAAAAACAAUGGUUGCAAAAGUUGAUGGUUUUUGUUGCUUUGAUUGAAAUUGUUUGAUGUCUAAAAUGCAAAUGGACCAAAAAUAUAGGUA